UGUAAGAUAUUAUUAUUAUUAAAAUUUACAGAUACUAAUGUUUCGGCAAAUCUUCUUCAAGUCAAAUGCACUACUACCACGACGUUCUUGCCACUCUAUAACACCAAUUCAUAGUUCUCGUUUUCAGUUAUUGUGUAAAAGAAAGUUUCACUUUACACAGCCUGUUCGUAUUCCCAUAGUUCCUAUUCCUGCUGUUAUCCUAGGUGCCCUUAAAAGUGGGAAACUAGUUAGUCUUAUAUCCUUAUCAUCAAAGACGUCCUUAACAUUAUUGCCCCAUACAUUUCGUAGACAAGGCAGUAAAGGUGUUUUAAUAGCAAAGAUAUUAACUGGUAUACCAUUAUUUGGCUUUGCUUUAUUGCUUCUAAUUGGAUUAGAUCAGGCACCAAAUACAUCUCGAUUACGGCUUAUUUAUUUAACUGAAGAAGAAGAAAAUGAAAUUGUAACAGCAGAAAUAGAUGAAUUAUUAAAAGCACAUCUGGGCUUAAUAGUUCCUAAAGACAAUGAAAUAGUCAUGUGGCUUCAAACCAUUGUAGAUAACUUGACAAUCCAUGCAACUGAUGAUAUUCGUGAUCCUAUUAGACAAUAUACAAAGGAUAAAAUUGCUCCACAAAAUGAGCAAACAAAGGUUUUACCGCUACCUGCUGAUAUAGAUGACCUCAUUGUCUCUAAUGACAUGCAACAGGAGGCGACAGAAGUUAGACCAACGAUUCCUAAGCGCAAUUUUGAAGUCAAUGUCAUUUGGGACUCGAGUACUCUCAAUGCCAUAUGUGUAGGCUCUAAUAUCGUUGUAUAUAAUCUUUUACUUGAUUAUUUCGAUUAUGAUACAACCAAGAUAGCUGUCAUAUUGUCUCAUGAGAUUGCUCAUUUAUUACAACGUCACUUUGUUGAACAACAUGGUUUUGCAUCCUUAAUGUUAAUGCUGGGUGAUAUUAGCCGAGGUGUAUUCUGGAUGGUUACUGAGUCUAUGGGCCCCUAUGUGAAUCAAAAGAUAAAUGAAUCUAUAUCCAAUUUUAUUAUAAGACAGACACAAACAACGUACAAUAGAAAGUUAGAGAAAGAGGCAGACAUUGUAGGUUUAAAGUUAUUAGCAAAAGCAGGCUACGAUCCUAGAGCUGCUAUAGAUGUAUGGCAACGUAUGGCUGAAUUAGAAGAAGAAAAAAGUGAUGAGGAAAAGGAUAGCAUUGGGAAUCUUAUUGCAAAAGAGUUAAGUGAUAAGAAAUCAAAAACACCAUUAUUACUAGCAGUAGAAGAUGAAGAGAAUAAAGAAGCAAGUAUGAAGCUUGAAUAUAGUAUAAAAAAGUAUUUAGAUACCUUAGUAGACUCAUGGUUUGGCACUACUCAUCCUCCUAGUAUGGAAAGAGUAGAAUACAUGCGUGAACAUAUGGAAGAAGCAAUAGAGCUUUAUAAUGAAGCGAUAAAGUUAAAUGGACCACCUGUUGAGUUUGUAUUUAGUACAAACAUGGAUAAAGAAAAAGAUAAAAAUCAAAUAGAAAUAAUAGAACAUACUAUAUACAAUGUAUUGGGGCAUAUCGGUCAAUGGUUAUCUACACUAUACCCAUUGUCUGCUACUAGUAAGACUUCCAUUAGUAAAAAUAACCCAAUAUUGGAAAAAGCAUAAAAAGCUAUAAAUAUUUAUAUUUAUAUUUAUAUCCUAUUUAAAAAUAUUAUUAUAAAUACAUUAACACUAUUUUGAAA